UUGGUUCCGUUGUUAAUUUGGGUUCGUAAUUUGCAAGUAGAUCGAUAGUCCGUACUUCAAUAACUGGAACGAGCAAAACUUGGACGUAACAAGUAGUCAAGUUGUUGACUCGCUGUUGUGAUACUGCCACGACGGCUUUCUGUGACGCGUCCGUACAUGGAAUCAGCGGUUGGUUUGUGUAAAGUAUGAGUUUGAGCGGUACCAAUGGUAGAGUUCCAUACGACGAGGAGGUGGGGUUUUUACCAACCUCAAAAGAUAGUCCUGAUACGAAUGAAAAUGAAGCAGGACAAAAAGACACCUAUCGUUUACUUACAAGAGAAGACUUGAUGCAGCUAGACAGCAAAGAGCCGUUGUGGUUACGUCUUCGAUGGGGUCUAUUUAUAUUGUUUUGGAUUGUUUGGAUUGGACUCCUCUUAGCGGCAAUCUUAAUAAUAGUGUUCACUCCCAAGUGUCCUCCAAGACCUGUUCUGCCUUUCUGGAGAUCAAGUGCUGGGUAUUGGGUCAACCCAUUUGCUUACGCGGAUUCUACCGGUGACAAAAUCGGAGAUCUACGAGGCUUGGUCGAAAGACUCGGAUAUAUCAAAAGUACUAUAGGUGCGGGAUUCAUUGUCCUCAGUUCUAUUUUCUCCGGUCAGUUUACUAAUGACCAGAAAACAUUGGGUCUUGUGGACGAUUUCUAUACUAUUGACCCUGCAGCUGGUACUAUGGAAGAUUUUAAGUAUUUUGUGAGGUCAUGCCACAAAAAUGGUAUUCAUGUGGUCUUGACCAUGGACUUUAAUUCUGUCUCUGCGAAACAUUCAUGGACUGAUUCAACGUCUAUGCUCGAACCAUAUCCGAGUGGUGGACGGAUUUCCCGUUUAGGUGGCGAUGCAAGAACCGUUAUACAAGGCACCGGAUAUUACUCAGUUUUUGGUUCACAGUUUGUUGAUCUUAAUCUGAGAGAGUCAGUUACAUUGGAUCGUGUUUCUGAUGUGGCAAAGUUUUGGCUCAAUGAGGGCAUAGAUGGUAUUCUCUUAGACAAUGUUGCUUUCUAUGUUGAAAACAGUGCAGAACCCACCGCCCCGAUUACAAAAGAGUUGGGUUCAAAAUGGUUUGCUAAAUAUCCGACAUCACAAAUUUACCUGAAUGAAUCAGUGGAGGUUGUUCGCAGAAUUAGAAAGGUUGUCGAUGAAAUGUCAGAGUCCAGUGGGAAACCAAAGUUAUUGGCAGUUGAUGCUGGUAAUACAGGAUAUGGUAUUAGUGAGAAGGAAGACCCUUCCAUGCAGUAUCUCGGGACGAAAGAUUCGCCAGCAGCACAUGUAGUUGUAAGCCGUCAGUUUGUUAAGCAGCGUGGUUGGAAAGCACCUCCAACUAAUCCUCUCGUGAUAAACAACAAUAUUUUGACGUAUGAUAUGCUAAGUGUGGAUGACAGAGAUUCCAUGGCUUUGGCAGCUGCUUCAACUACUGACCCUAGACAGUCUGAUCUAGUUGCUUUGGCUUCUACGUUUCUGCUUCCAGGCACUUGUCUACUGUAUUAUGGUUCGGAGUUAAAUGAGGAGACGAGAAAUACCAAAUUCACUGCCGAUUUUUACCCGUUUGAUGAGAAGACUGUGUUCACUGGCUCUAAAGAAACUGAUGUGCUUUUAUCUCAAUUAGUCAUGCCUUGGGAUCAAUCUGGAGUUGGUUUCUCGGCGAUGCUAUCAAAUGUUACUUCUUUUACAGAAUAUUUGAAAGCCUUUAAAUUUAAUGAAACAGUCGAGUCCGCAACAUCAAGUGGUCGUGGGAUUACUUCUCUCUCACUUGUUCAAGAUCUUGUAGCGAUCCGUAAAAAUGAAAGCUUGCUAUGGGGAGGUUUCAGGAUGUUGCAACCCAGUCGCAUUACAGAAGAGUUGAAUUUUGAGGUAUUUGAACGCAAAGCCGAAGGUUUCCCAGCUUUCAUAAUUGUUUUACGCAAAGAGUCCAAUGCGGUCAGUGGGACAUUUGACUUUUCUAGUGUGUGCCCUAGCAUCAUUCCAAAAAUAAUCUAUCCUCCAAAUAAAAAUUUCCCAAUUGAUCAACCAGUUAGUAGUCAACGUGUUUACCUGAAAUCUGAUGGGCAACCUAUGAUAUAUGUUUUCAAAUGUGAAUGAAAUAAGUAAACUUACCGAGGUUUCAUAUGUAUGCAGUCAAUAACUGAUUUGUUGUGCUUGAACUGUGAGCUACUACUUUUUCAACUUAUCGAACUUUAUCUGUUGUAGUACAAAAUGCUUUCUUAGUUUACCGCUAAAUUGUGUGCUUAUGUUCAUUCCGACCAAUUUACAAAUAUAUAUUUCUUUGCUCAA